CGGGUCGGGUUGUCAUUUUCUUCCACCCACCGACUGGUUCACCCGAUUCCUUCCUUUCUCCUUCCUUGCCGAUGCAUCUUCCAUCUUCAUGAUUCUCAGAUCAUUAAUUAUGGUUAUGGAUGAUUGACACCCCACCACCCACCACCCACCACCCACCACACCGCACCACACAAACUACUGUACUCGCGCUGCCACGCAAAUUGAAAGCCGCUGGGAGAAGGUUAGAGGAGACCCAUCACUGACUUCUUCACUUUCUCUCUCUCAAUGGAGAGGGAGUCAAUUUCUUCUUCGGAUGAAGAAGAAGAUCGGCAAAAUUUGAUUGAUCAGAACGACACGAAGCUGCCCAUCCAUCGCUCCGCCUUCGACAUUGACGAUUUUGGCGCUGGGAUUGCUCGCCGUUUCUCCUUCUGGUCUGGAUUAAACUUUGGUUUCAACUACAGAAGGUACCUUCUACUCGCCAUCUGCAUCCCGCUUUUAAUUGUCGUCCUUUAUUUCUCUCUGGACAUUGGGAGUUUGUUUCGUUCUGAUGGUGUUUGGAGCGUCGAUUCGGUCGGCAGUCGGAUGCGAGAAUCCGAGUUGCAAGCAUUGUAUUUGUUAAGGCAGCAGCAAUUAGGGCUUUUUAGUCUCUGGAACCGUACUACUGUUGUUGAUAAUCUGGCAUCAUUUCAUUCGAAUUCUUCUAGCGUCAUUCCUCCUGUCAAUUCCACUUCUAACAACCCCAAUUCGAGUUCUGCGUUAGGGAGGCAAGAUCUCCCGCUGCUUGAAGAUAUCAAGGCUGCGUUGCUCAAGCAGAUUUCAUUAAAUAAACAGAUUGAACAGGCUUUGUUGUCUUCCCAUCGAUCUGGAAACUCCUCGCAGUUGGCCGAUGAAUAUGUCAAAUCUGGUUUGGCUGCGCCUUAUGGUUACAAUAGAUGCCCAAAGGUGAAUGACAAGUUCUCGGAAAGAAGAACUGUAGAAUGGAAACCAAAAUCAAAUAAGUUCCUGUUUGCAAUUUGCUUGUCCGGGCAGAUGUCAAACCAUUUGAUUUGUUUAGAGAAGCACAUGUUCUUUGCAGCCCUUCUCGACCGCAUUUUAGUCAUUCCCAGCUCCAAAGUUGAUUAUCAGUACAACCGGGUGCUGGAUAUUGAUCACAUUAACAAAUGCUUGGGAAGACAGGUUGUCAUGCCAUUUGAAGAAUUUUCUGAAACUAGGAAGAACCAUGUGCACAUAGAUAGAUUCCUGUGUUAUUUCUCAUCACCAGCACCUUGUUUUGUGGAUGAAGAACAUGUUAAGAAGUUGAAAUCAUUGGGGAUUUCAAUGGGUAAGCUUCACUCUGUCUGGAAUGAGGACACUAAGAAGCCAAGUAAAAGGACGGUUGAAGAUGUUCGUUCAAAAUUUUCUUCUAAUGAUGAUGUUAUUGCAAUUGGAGAUGUGUUCUUUGCUGAUGUUGAACGAGAGUGGGUGAUGCAACCGGGUGGUCCUCUUGCUCACAAAUGCAGGACCUUGAUUGAACCAAGUCGCCUAAUUAUGCUAACUGCCCAGCGUUUUAUUCAGACUUUCUUGGGAAAUAAUUUUAUAGCCCUUCAUUUCCGGAGACAUGGAUUUUUGAAGUUUUGCAAUGCUAAAAGCCCAAGUUGCUUUUUCCCUAUUCCUCAAGCUGCGGACUGCAUUAGUCAGGUGGUUGAAAGGGCCAACACGCCAGUCAUAUAUCUUUCCACAGAUGCAGCAGAAAGUGAAACCAAUUUAUUGCAAUCACUAAUUAUGUUGAAAGGAAAAUAUGUUCCACUUGUUAAACGGCCAGCUCGUAAUUCAGCUGAAAAAUGGGAUGCUUUGCUCUACAGACAUGGCCUUGAGCAAGAUUCCCAGGUGGAAGCCAUGCUGGAUAAAACAAUCUGUGCGAUGUCUAGUGUGUUUAUUGGAUCUUCUGGAUCCACUUUCACAGAGGACAUUCUGAGGCUUCGGAAGGACUGGGGAUGGGCAUCGCUCUGUGAUGAAUACAUUUGCCAAGGUGAACUGCCAAACUUCAUUGCAGGGAAUGAAUGAUGUCCAGAGGUUAGUUGUGUCCCUUGUUGCACCACUCUCGACUGCCUUCUUUGAUUCAUCUUUGCUCCAUGUAAUUGCCCAUUGCUGAAGAUGGUUUCGCCCAAGUGUGUGAAUGUUGUUGACAUAUGUUGUAGCAUAUGAUAAUAGAAUUGGCAUGUCGGGCUUAUUUUUUGUAUUAUUAUUAUUUUAUUUUUUCAGGACAUGGUGUAUUCACCUUGUGCUUGUGAGUUUAGCCUAUCGUGUAUAUACCCUUCUCUCUCUCUCUCUCUCUCUCUCUCUCUCUCUCUCUCUCUCUCACGGUGUUGGGGUUGUACCAACUGGAAUGUUAAUAAACAGGUUUGGACCCCCUUUGGAGGCAGGAUUCUAUCAUGGACAGAUGAUGCAGCAAAAGCAGAUUUCAAGAAGAGUUAAAUAGGUUUCUUGUCCUUGUUGUGAAUUGUGAUGCAUAUUUUUUCAGUAGUACUCUUCUUCAACAGAAUGUUCUAAACUCGAGAUAUGUUCUAGAGAAGUAUUUUGGAAAAAGUUCUAGAUGUCUAUUGCAAUGGAAGUAAUAAACUACUUUUCUUUUUGCUUUCUUGA